AUGUACAAGAACAUCGCCUUCGGCAAAGUGCGCUUCCCUAGAGAUACGCUCUCUCAAGAAGGCCGCAACUUUGUCAAGGGGCUUCUGAACCGGAACCCGAAGCACCGACUGGGUGCCACCCUCGAUGCCGAGGAGUUGAAGAGGCAUCCAUUCUUUGCCGACAUUGACUGGGAUAUCCUGGCGAAGAAGUUGAUCACGCCGCCGUUUAAGCCUAAGCUGACUUCAGCAACGGAUGUUUCGUACUUUGACCCCGAGUUCACAAACGCUCUGGACAACAGUGGUUCUCUGAACGAAAGAGCGGCCGCCUUGGCCCGAGGAUUUGCUACAUCCACUCCUCUUUCACCUUCAGUGCAGGCCAAUUUCCAGGGCUUUACCUUUGUGGAUGAGAGUCAUCUGGACGAUCAGAUGCGGGGAAACCGUUACGAUGAUGAGGAAAUGGGUGACGCACACGGAUCCCACAGAGGACAAGAAGACGACGACUGGGACGACCUCGGCGAUGUGGCUACCCAGAGGGGCAACCGCAUGAGCGGCAUUGAGCGUUCGGGCAAGCGCGAUGAUGGCAAGGACUCCCACGACGACCAGAUGAUUGGUAACUCUCAAUUUGACGACUAA